AUGUUCACCAAGCAGACUCUUCUCGCUUUCAUCGGGGCUCUGGCCCUCGGCGCGGCCAAGACUAUCACUGAGCAGAACCCAACUCAGGCGGAGAUUGAUGCCGCUCGUGCGACAGCCUUGCCUUACUCGCCUGUAUCCAACGUGAAGGGUUUGGCCUUUGACCGUUUCGUGGACAUCUGGCUUGAGAAUACCGACUAUGAUACUGCCGCUCUGGAUGAGAACCUGGCCAACAUUGCCAAGGAGGGUAUCCUAUUGACCAACUACUUUGCCGUCACCCACCCCUCGGAGCCAAACUAUUGCGCCGCCGCCGGUGGUGACAACUUUGGCAUGGACAAUGACAACUUUAACCAGAUCCCCGCCAAUGUCUCAACCAUUGCCGAUCUGUUCGACACCAAGCACAUUGCCUGGGGUGAAUACCAGGAAGACUUACCCUAUGCCGGCUACCAGGGCUUCCGGUACCCACUCAGCGGUCCUAACCAGUACGUGCGGAAGCACAACCCACUGGUCCUGUUCGACUCCGUCACCAACGACGCCGUGCGUCCCCGCCAGAUCAAGAACUUCACCACCUUCUACGAAGACCUUGAGCACCACCGUCUUCCCCAGCACAUGUUCAUUACCCCGAACAUGACCAACGAUGCCCACGACACCAACGUCACCUUUGCCGGUGAAUGGGCCAAUCGUUUCCUUUCUCCCCUGCUCAAGAACGAUUACUUCACCAAGGACAACCUGGUCCUCCUCACCUUCGACGAGGUGGGCAACUACUCCGUCCCUAACCGCGUCUACAGUGUCCUCCUUGGUGGUGCCGUCCCCGAGCACCUUCGGGGCACUACCGAUGACACCUUCUACACCCACUACUCCAUCAUCGCCUCCCUGUCUGCUAACUGGGGUCUCCCUUCGCUCGGUCGCUGGGAUUGCGGUGCCAACCUGCUCAAGCUGGUUGCCGAGAAGACCGGAUACGUCAAUUGGGAGGUUGACACCACCAAUGCCUACCUCAACGAGACCUACCCUGGCCCUCUGUCUGUCAACGACUACUCCCCCAAGUGGGCUAUCCCUACUGUCAAGGGCAAGUGCUCUGCUGGCCACGGCAUUGCCGACGUCGUUAAGAAGACUUACCACGGUCUUGAGCCUACUUUCAACUACACCAGCCCUGUGCCAUAUGACUCGGCCACAGGUCUGAACCUUGGUAUCAAAUACCACCGUACUCUGAAGCAAGGCAAGACGGAGUCCGGUAUCACCGCGUAA